AAGGAGCUCUUGCCAUUGGUGAAAGGCAAGACAGUCAGACUAAUGCCACUUCCCCAUGGCAAGAGCCAGACAUGGUUCAAAGCAGAAAUAGAAGAACUAGCAGAUGUGCGAUCCUAUAAAGUGAAGACAGAAGAUGGCAGAAUCUUCCGCAGAAACCGCAGACAUCUCUGCAGGAGCAGAGAGCCAUUCUACAGCUCACAACCUAGCGAGGCCCCUGUAGCCUUGCAACCCCCGGAUAUGGCAGCCUCUCCAGAGAAACUCCAAGGACCUCAGCCAACAGAAGGUCAGUCAUUCCCAACAGUGCCAGCUCAGGGGGACCAGUCUAAACAGCUAACCAAAACCCUGUUGCAAUACCUAGCAAGGCCCAACCUCUGUGAACAACACUUAACAAGUCUAGGCCAGUUGAAAAUAGGAUCACAAGAGCUGGUCGGUUGUCAAAGCCACCUGGCUAUUUAAAGGACUAUGCUUGA